UGACAAAAUAGUUAUACUCGUAUCAGUACAACGAUCACAGUGAGAUUAUUAACUCAAAUUAUAAUUAUAAUUAUAACGUGUUUCGUAGUGGUUUAGUGUUCUCGACAAUUAUUUCGGUGUCAAAAGUUUUAAAAUAUUUUACUAAAAAUACCAUGGAAGAGAUGAUUAAAUUUAGUUUAAAAGACUACAGCUGCAUAGGAUUCGAUUUGGAUAAUACUUUAGCAAGGUACAAAUUAUCAAACUUAAUAGAAUUAGAAUACUACAUAAUGGCAGAUUUUUUAAUAAAACAAAGACAUUAUCCAGGAGACAUUUUACUAAAACCGUUAGAUCCUAAUUUUUUAUUAAAGGGUUUGGUAAUAGAUGAUAAAUUUGGUAAUGUGGUUAAAAUAGCAGCCGAUGGUGCCAUUGUAAGCGCUGCUCAUGGUACAAAAUGGUUAAACGAAGAAGAACUACUGAAUUACUAUCCUACGCGGCAUCGACAGUUUAUAGACGAUUAUGUAGAUGAUCCUAUAGAAGCUUCGAAUCGUUGUUACAAUGAUAAAAUGAGAUUUUCUCUUGACUAUUUCGACAUUGCAAACAGUUUAGUGUACGCCAGAGCUGUGGACACUGUAGAACAACACCGUCUUCAUGAGAAGAUUACAGAAAUUUGGCAAGAUAUUAUUGAUUGCUUGCUCUACAUGUUCGUUUCUGACCAUUUUCAUCAAGAUAUAGGUGGAUAUUAUCCUGAAAUUAGGAGACAUCCGGAGAAAUAUUAUCAAAAAUGUAGCCAAUCCGUUCUUAAUUGGCUUUUGUUUCUCAAAUCAUCUGGAAUACGACUAUUUCUGAUAUCAGGAGCUUAUGCAGGUUCAGCUCACAUAACUGCUGCUUAUACGAUAGGAGAAAACUGGCAGGACUAUUUCGAUAUAAUCAUUUUUGGUGCUAGAAAACCAGGAUUCUUUACCUCUCAUAGAGAUUUUCUCAGAGUAGAAGGGUAUAAGGAAACCCAUAAAAUUUCCGAAAACCAACUGCAACUGGGAGGAAUUUACUCCAUUGGUAAUUGGUCUGUAGUUAAAAUUUUUUUGACAAAUCUAUGCAAGAGUAGCGAUCCAAAAUUUUUAUACAUAGGGGACAACUUGCUCCAAGAUGUUUACACGCCUAAUGUAUGUGAUAAAAUCGAUACGCUGUGCAUUUGUGAAGAAUUGGAAGCUGAAAAUGCAUUUGGAUUUCCAGGUAGCCAUCCCGAUAAAAACGUUUUGAAAUCGACUUUGUGGGGAUCCUUCUUUUUUAGUGAUAGUAGUACAUUAAGUUACUGGGGCUAUUUAAUGAAAAAUUAUUCUAGAAUUUUUGUACCUAGUAUAGAAUAUUUAGCCAAGUUUCCUGUGGAUUACGAAUUUGUUUCUAAUAACUCUUAAGGAUUGGUUUUAAUUAUUUUAGUUUAUAAUUAUUAAAUAAUUUAUUUUUGUUUGUCAAUUAGUUGGUUUUUAUCAAAUUAAUUUGUGUCUAAAAAGUCGAACUAUUAACACUGCGCACUUAUCAAUUAAUAAACAUUUUUUUGCAAAGAUAUUUUUAAUGUUGAUGUGAAAAUAGUUAUAUACCUAAACUAAUAUAGUUCGAGAACACAGUUUGUAGCUGAGUUAAAUACGAGAGAGAGAGAGAGAGAGAGAGAGAGAGAGAAUAUAUCUAUUGCUUAUUGUCUAAGUAUUGACAAACACAAUGAG